CUCACUUUCUUCCCUACACCAAACAAAACAUUUUAGUAAUAAACAAAUGGCUUGAACAUAUUUAACUAAGGAAAUUGGGCUGAGAAACCGUCUUGAGAAGAUAAUCGGUGGCCCAUCGUCGCCGUCACAAACCUCAUACACCCGCGCCGUCAAUACUCGCCAUUCGCGUUCACCGCCGGCACCACCUGCCUUUUCUCUGUAAUGGACGAGGUCCGUAACUUGACUUGUCAAAACUGUUACAACGUCGGAGCACGUGACGGUGACGACGGCUUCUUUUACUGCCUCCGCUGCGGCGAACGCUGCGAGGAUGUUAUCGACACCGCCGUCGAUGACGAUGAUCUCUUCAAUAAAGGAGGAGCCACCGGCGCCAUCUACAUGCCCAGUCACCAACGCCAGCGACCUACUGCGAUUAAAGCCGAACCCAUCUCUCAGUAUGACUCCUUCUAUGAUUCCCAGUCCAAUUUCAUCAAGAGUCUGGGUUUACAAGAUGAAGCUGAUAUUGUCAAGGUUAAAAAAGAGGAAGAUAUUGACAUGGACCAGUUUCGUGGGGAAACUCCAACGGAACCUGCAGAUUUUGCUAAACGGAAGGUUGCAAGCUUUGAAGAUUACCACAAUGAGAUAAGGAUGCGGUAUGUCAUGGGGUUGCAGAUGAUGAUUGAGCUUCAGUGUGAAGCGUUGGUCAAGGAGUUUAAGGUUACUCCUUUGGUUUGUGGCUUGGUUGGCUCAAUUUGGUUGAGAUUUGUCUCCAAGACUGGUGUAUUUGAUGAAGAUUGGGCUGAAAAAGUAAUCCAUGACUCUGAGAUGCAGGAAGAAGGAGAAGCAGAAGAUCAUAUGCCGCGCUCUAAACAUAGAGCAGAACCCCAUAAUAUGUUUGGUCGGCGAGCUGUUAUGAUAUGGUUUAGGACAUUAAGGAAUAGGAUUCCACUUUCUUGUACUGUUGCCAUUUCAUAUCUGGCAUGUCAUAUUGCCAGGGAAGCUGUCCUGCCAUCAGACAUAAUGAAGUGGACAUGUGAAGGGAAGCUUCCAUAUUUUUCUGCUUUUGUUGAAAUUGAAAGUCGCAUGGGACCCCCAUCAAUUGCAUGUCCAAUCAGUUCAAGCGUUAUGUUCAAGCCUCAGCGAGCUGUUCCUGUGCGGAAGCUAGAGUUGUUUGCCUCUUCCAUUGCUCAGUUCAUAGGCCUUGAGUUACCUCCUGUUAACUUUUAUGCAAUAGCUUACCGUUAUCUUGAAAAGUUGUCUCUUCCUGUGGAGAAGAUUCUUCCUUACUCAUGCCGUAUAUAUGAAUGGUCAAUGCCUCCAGAUUUGUGGUUAUCCUUAUCCAAAGAUUGUUUUAAGCUACCUACUCAUGUUUGUGUUGUAUCAAUUCUGGUUGUAGCCAUAAGGAUUUUGUACAACAUAAAUGGUCUUGGAGAAUGGGAGAAAAGUCUAUCUCAUAUUGAUGGUGCCAAAGGCAAUGGUGAUAUGGGUAAUCCUUUUGCCUCUCGUGGCGAACAUGAUUUUGGUAAAGAUUCAGCUAAAGAUCCAGUAGGACACAAGUUGGAUUCUGCUUGGCUUCUCCAGCACCUCCAAACAAGAUAUAUUACAGAUUCUUGUGAGUAUUCAGAGGACUUACCUACCUAUCUCAAAUACUGUAGGGAUGUUGUCUUUGCUGGAUCAGAACCAUCUUAUGGCAAUCACGAGGAAGAAAAGAUGAUAGAACACCUAUGGAACUUUUAUCAGAACAAAGAGACUUCUAAACCAUCACAAACGGAAGAGCAAUCCAAUGCUUCUUUUUACCGAACAAAGUCGAGGGACAAAGGACGCAAUAGAGGCACAUCUAAGGAGGAAAAUAUGACAAAAGAAUGUUUUCACGAAACAAAUGACUUGUCUGGAAGUAUUGGUAAUGAUCAUUCUUCUGAGAGUUUGCCACACAGUAAGGACUCGGAUGAGUAUGAACACAGUUCAGGAAAACCAUCUGUGAAGGAAGCCAUUAGAAAGAUGAAAUUAGACAUGGAGGAAAACAGAUUUUGUUAUAUACCACCUAGAGUCGAGCGGAAAAGGCUGGAUUACCUUCACUACUCAAGAAAGAGGGAUGAAGGUGCCCUUACUUAUGUUGCUCAUGCUGAUUAUUACAUUUUGCUUCGUGCUUUUGCCAGGGUUGCUCAAGUUGACAUUCGAAUUUUGGAUAUUGGUGUGUUGAGCCUUGAGACAAGACUUGCUUGGUUGGAAAAACGGAUUGAUCAUUGCUUUCAUUCCAAGCCUCCCAAAAAGAAUUGCCAGUUUUGUAGUGUUAUGGCCUCUGAAAUUGAAUCUGGACUCUCAAAUUUGAAUAUUUGAAAAUCAAUUCUUUAUUCUUAAAGUGUGUUUGGUUUAAGGGUUUUUCCAACACAGUUUUUCAUUCCAACUGACUAAAGUUGUUGUUGGAUUGAUAACAUCCAAUCCAAUGAAUAAUGAACCCGCACUUCACCA